AAUUCAAAAUCUGGGACCUAUCUUUCCCUCCCCUUCAGCUUGUUCUCAGAAUGGAUACCCUCUCCACCAACACCACCUCCCACGUCAAAAUCCUGGCCUUCCAAUUCAUCUCUCUCACCAAGCAACCCUCAUCUCCACCUCUCAUCUCCCGCGCCGAGUUCGUCGGCAUCGUCGUAGCCGUCAAUCGCAGACCCCACUUCCUCAAUUUCCUCAUCGAUGACGGCACCGGCUGCAUUCCCUGCAUCCUUUGGCUCAACCACCUCGAGUCCCCUUACUUCUCCCGCCACUCCCCCUCCGACGUCCGUCUCCUCGCCGACGCUGCUGCCCGUCACGCCUCAGCCGUCCGAUUGGGAGCCCUCGCCAGGGUCCGUGGUCGGAUCACCGCUUACAGAGUUCUUCAAAAGGUUUUUGAUUGGAUGGACAAGUGAAAAUAAUUGCAAAAGCUUGGUUUAAUCCAGCCGAAUGGCAAAAAAAUAAAAGAAGAUGAAGAAAGAAAUUGAUAAUUCCAAAUGUACAGAAUGAGGAAUUAGCCCUAAACCAUAAGAAUGUGCUGUUUGAAAUUUUAGGCCGUGUUUGGAUGUGCAAGUGAAUUGAAUUGUGAAUGCUUAGUUUAGUUAGAGAGGAAAUGGUAGAAGCAUGUUUCCCAGCGUACAGUAUGCAGAUUGAGGAAUUAGCCCUAAACUUUCAGAAAUUUGCCGUUCUGUAGUAGUUCAAAAGUUUGGCUCUGUUUGGAUGGACAAGUGAAUAGAAUUG